AUGUAUCUUUAUGAGAGUUCACCAAGACACGUUUUCCAAAGUGAUACUCCUCUAGUACUCUCUCAUCCUUCUCUACAGUACAUUGCUCUUUCUUGUCCACAAAAAAUGAAGCUAGAUGAUUCACCGACAGUUAUAUCAGUACCGGCGGUCACCGCUGCUACUUCCGCCACAGCAGGGAAGAAGGAUGGCUCGGAUGGUGGCCUUUUUGGUAAAGUUCGAUACAAGUUUUGGGUUUUAGCUGCUAUUCUUCUUCUUGCAUUUUGGUCUAUGUUUACUGGCUCUGUUACUCUCAAAUGGUCUACCGGAAACUUUUCCCGUCUCGCGGAUGAUCUCGAUUUGCCAAUCCACGAUGAUGAUCUUGAUAUCCUCGAAGUAGAGGAGAAAGAGAAGGUGGUGAGGCAGAUGUGGAAUAUAUACACUCAUGGCUCUACCACUAAACUGCCUCGCUUUUGGCAAGAAGCUUUUGAAGCUGCUUAUGAAGCUUUGGCCAGUGAUGUUCCAGCUGUUCGAAGCGCCGCCGUUUCAGAGAUCGCCAAGCUGUCCAUUCGCUCUGUCAAUCCUGAUCCGCUUUCCGUUCAAUCUACGCCGCAAGUUCAGAGUAGUAACAAGAGGAGGAAGAGAGUCCCAUCCUUGAAGAGGUCAAGCCAAUGAAAUGAAAUGACAGCAAUUCUUGUCUUUAUGUUGUUAACAAAGUUGAAACCUCAAGUUAAGUUUAACCAACGAUCAUCUCUACUAUAUAUAAUUGAUACAGAAAUAUCAGCCUUUAUGCCAUUUACUUUCUAUAGCCGAUGCCAGCUAAUGUGUAAGAAUCUUUUUUGUCAAAGUAAAACAUACGGCUACAAUCAUCGCAAGAGAAAUUUCAUGAAAUUAGAGAUUGUUCGUCUUGUUCAA